UGCUACUUAGCCUUAAACCACUCACCAAAAAAGAAGUAAAAAUAAAACCCUACACAGAGCGUCCACAGUCUCUGCCUUCCUAAUUGCAAGAUUCUACGCUUCUAGCAGCUGUCGUUCUCGCGUUCUCACGGCUUAGAGUAGCUAUUGUACCAGCAGAGAGAAAGCAGAAAACCCUCUCUUUCUCACAUCACCAUGUCUUCAAACAAUCCAUCUCAGCUGCUCCCAUCUGAGCUAAUUGAUCGCUGCAUUGGGUCCAAAAUCUGGGUCAUAAUGAAAGGGGAUAAGGAGCUUGUUGGAACACUUAGAGGAUUUGAUGUUUAUGUUAACAUGGUCCUCGAAGAUGUCACUGAAUAUGAGAUCACUUCUGAAGGACGGCGAAUAACAAAGCUUGAUCAGAUCUUGCUCAAUGGAAACAACAUUGCCAUUCUUGUUCCGGGAGGCUCACCUGACACAGAAUGAGGUUUGGAUUUGACUACAGCCUAAGAAGUUGGUAGAUAUAACAACAAUGUAUUUCGUGUCUGUACUGUAGGCUUACUGUGACUGGUUAAUUACAAUUGUGGGUAGACCUUGAUUGAACUUGAUGAACUACAACUAACUGGCAGUUGGCAUGUUUUUUGUGACUGCCAAUAUGCCCAGUAUUUGUAGUAGGAUUUUAAAUUUGCUUAUGCAUACAUGAGUUUAUGGUUUGCUUCCAUUCCAGAACUAGGUGGACCAACAAAUAGGACCAAAACUGUGAGUUGUCAAGUCAAAAUACUGUAUUAUCAUCAUACCCCAAUAACUUCUUGUCAGUGGCCUAAACAUUUUUAAUUUGUUGUUGAAUGAAGCCUUACAUCUACUCAUC